GCGACGGGGGAGCACGAGGAGGCGGCCGCGAGCCGCACGGUACGGGACUCCCAAUCAAUACGGCCGUCGCGCGAACGCGACGGCGACGGAAGCGAGAGAGGUCCGCGCGCGCUCCGGCUCCACUCCGCGCAGCCGAGCUCUCCUCAGUCGGACGCACGCUCGCGUCGGCAGCUCGUGCGUCGGUUCCGCGCGCGCGAGACAUACGUCCACCCGCACUACGUAAGCGCGCACCCCCGGCCCGGCGGCGCGGCGCGGCGCGGCGUGGCGCGGCACAGGGAUCGCACCCUGGAAAGGUGGAGUAGCGUCUCGGGCGGCAAAAUGGCGGCCGCGGUAAGAAACAAAUGAUUAGGGUUGGCGAACGGCCGUGCUGAGAGACACGCCAAGGCCGACCAAGGUACCUCUCUGUCUCUUUCUCUCUCUCUCUCUCUCUCUUUCUCUCCGGUGGCUCCUCCCGUUCGCGAGCGACCACCGGGGCGUAAUAUCCGGCGCUGGACGACGUCACGAGGGUGGAAGAUCGCGCGCGCGGCGAGCGCGACGCGCGCCACCCCCUGGGCGAGAGAGCCUCGGCGGCGGCAGCGGCGGCGGAGGAGGAGGAGGAGGAUCGCCACCCCGACACGACUUUCGAGUCACGAGGGUGGCCACCACAUGAGGGUUCGUCGCGGGACGCUGGUCGCGUGCGGGCUCGUUGACGUGUGAGCGUGAUUCGAUUAUCGAUCACGGGAUCCACCGCCGGUGGUGACGGCGGCGGUACGAAGAAGCGCGCAGGGCGCGAGAAUGCUCGCGGGAGAAGCGACGUGGAAUCCGACCGCGACGAGGCACGGAGUCGGGACUGCGGGAAACGGUGCCGGUUCGAUAGAUUGAUGGACCUGCCGACGGGAAUCCCGAUUGCGUCGCAACCAUGCAUCUGCAUUUCGAGAAGAACAACAACGCCAAGUGCGACUGCAAUAUCUUGUCGCUCAGCUGGAUGGGAAAAGUGCCGGACGAGUCGCCGGAGGACGAAGGAUGGCAGCUCGAUCGUAUAAAUUACUACCAGGAAGGAUGGUUAGCCACCGGCAACGCCCGCGGCUUGGUUGGAGUGACUUUUACCACGUCGCAUUGUCGCACUAGAGCCGCGGAACUUCCACUCAGGGCGAAUUACAACCUCCGGGGGCACCGUAGCGAAGUAAUACUUGUUAAAUGGAAUGAGCCGUAUCAAAAAUUAGCCUCGUGCGACAGUUCGGGUGUAAUCUUCGUCUGGAUCAAAUAUGACGGACGAUGGAGUAUAGAAUUAAUCAACGACAGAAACACACCUGUUACGCACUUCUCCUGGUCCCACGACGGCCGCAUGGCGCUUAUAUGUUACAGGGAUGGCUUCGUAUUGGUCGGCAGCGUCGCCGGUCAAAGAUACUGGUCGUCAAUGCUCAACGACAAAGCUACGAUAACUUGCGGCAUUUGGACCCCCGAUGAUCAGCAGGUCUAUUUCGGGACAACCGCGGGUCAGUUGAUCGUGAUGGACGUUCACGGGGCCAUGGUGUCGGAGGUGCAAUUAGCGGCCGGUGUUACGUCGAUGGCCUGGAGCGCCGAGAAAUUCACGAUGGAGGAGGAUGAAACGUGUGACCGAUCUCAGAAAGAUGACCGGAAUUACGUGCUGGCCGUAUGCCUCGCCGACGGUAACAUCGUCAUGCUACGAUCGUUCGAUGACGUGUCGCCGAUUACGAUACGCAGCAACCUGAAGCCGCCCUUGCACGCCGAAUGGAGCAACUCCAGGAAACUGUUGGCCAUUGCCGGCACAAAGGAAUCGUCCGAUCAGAGCGGUUCACAGGAGUACACGAAUCUCCUCAAGUUUUAUUCGGUCAACGGUACUCUUGUAUACACGACGGAGAUUCCAUACACGCAAUGCCCCGUAUCGGCAUUGACAUGGGGACACAAUGACAGGCGGCUCUUUGUGGCGACCGGAGCGCGAGUCCACGCCGCAUGGGUCUCAAGAAGAGUCGGUUCGCUUCAACUGUUAUCGAGACUGGCGGUGAGAGCGGCACUCACGAGGGAAUCGAGCGUUCAACAUCUUCCAUUACCGCCGCGGUUGAGAGCCUCGGUGGCCGCUCUUUUCGCUAAUACGAUACGAUGCUCGGUGCCGGAACCGAGAGAGCUGCGACGCUUCGUGUCAAGGCCGCCGCCGGGAGGCAGCCGGUUGCACUGCACCAUGCUCAGGCACGCCGUGGAGCCUGUGCCGUGUUACACGUUGUAUCUGGAGUAUUUGGGUGGUCUCGUGCCGCUCCUGAAGGGCAGACGGACCAGCAAGAUCCGACCGGAGUUCGUGAUAUUCGACCCGCAGAGUCAGGAGACUCUGCAGAUAUUCGAUGACAUGUCGCAAUGUCCGUCAUACAGCGACGGCUCGGACACCGAGAAGGACACCGCGGAUUUGUGCGGAUCGCCCCGCUACAGAAAAAAGAACAGAAAAAGAAGGGAGGAAAGAACGGGCGACGAAGCGACUGAUCGGGAGGAAAAGCCAAACGAUCUCUCAUAUGUAGAUACAUUGCCAGAGCACGCGAGGCUGGUCGAGGUAACAUCAAACAUCUGGGGCACGAAAUUCAAGUUUCACGGCUUGGCAGAUUCGGUUCCCGCUAACCUAGGUCAGGUAACUUAUCGAACGUCGUUGCUACACUUACAACCCAGGCAAAUGACGCUCGUGAUGACGGAGCUCCGGGACGAUUUGCCCUCCGGCCCAGAUCCGACAUUCAAUCCCAAUCUGUUCUCCGAGGACGAAGAGGAGACGUACCAGGAAGCAAGCUCGCGAGCCACGCCGGAGACCCAACCGCCGCCCAUUGCGCCAAUGACACCUCGUAACGCUCGACUGAACCACCCGAAUCGACCCAAGUCUCAAAUCUCGAAUCAGUUCUUGACGUCGGAGACCUUGCCGACGUCGCUAGGAAAAAUCGAGAGCUACGAAAGCGAGUACGUUCCUUACGUGGAGGACAUGGGUAAUCUGUACGAGAACAUCAGAAACGCCCCUACGAACACCUACCGGACGCCGCCGAGACACAAUCCGCCGAGAUGCUGCGACGUGCCGGCCUUGCAGUCGCCGAAAAACGCGGUGGCGCCCACGCAAACGUUAAUAGCGACUUCGAACGCGGGUGCCGAUUACGCUAGCAGCAUUCAGAGGAUGAAGAACGCCCUCGCGGAUCAGCAGACGACAAAGAAGGAACUGGAGAACAACAAGCUCAAUCAAAUCUCGCAGGACGACAAACCGUGCCUGACGUCGGCCUGCGCGGCAAACAUUAUUUCCAUGUCUAUGCAAAACGGCCAGGCCUUGAACGCGGAAGCGUCGAGCAGUCGAUAUAUCUCCCAAGGCCCGGUUGUAAACGGUCUGGAAAGUAUCGAUUGCGCCUCGACGCAAACCGUUUAUCUAAAUGGUCUAAAUAACAUGGGGUGCGCGAGCAACGUUUUAACCGCGUCGCACUCCGUCAGCGGUGUCCAAACCACGAUGUCGCCGAGCGCUCACAAUUUUGUACAUAGUAAGAAUAAUCAAAAUACCGGAGCAAGUACGGCGGGCGCCAAUACGACACCCUCGAAUAGCACUCAACUCGGGCAAGCUUCGAGUCUAGCUCUUAACAAGAACGGCAUACAUGGAGUUGUUUCACCGGCGUGUUCCUAUCAGUUCCCGGAGAAUAUCGAUCAGUGCUUUGGCUCGUCGUGUUCGCAGUGUUUCUCAAAGCACAAAGAUCCCAAGUGCCACGUGUGCUACGGAAAGACGAAUCCCGGUUACGUGAACGCCGGGGCUCUCGCUAACGUUAAGCUCGACGACGAUUUGAUGCGAUUCAGCGACGAUGAGCUACGCGAAGAUAUAGAGGCGUCGGGGCAGGCGCGAGGCGUUCACAGAACUUCGACGGUCAUCAGCAUCGGUCCGAUGUGCUCGAACGACUCGAUAGUUCGAAGUUGCAGCGUCGGAUACCUGGAUCUAGUGGACGCCCAGUUGGUCCCGUGCGACGUAGCUUUGAGAAUGUUGCGCAGAGACGCGCCGAACAAGAGGCUGGUAUUGGUGUCGCGGAAAACGAAACGGCGGAAAAAGGCGAAGCCUCAGCAUGACGUGACUCAGCCGAACUCAAAACCGCCCAGACUCCGCAACUGCGGCAAGUCCAAGAGUCUCGAUUCCAGCGAUAUAUUUCCGAGUAACGAACAGAUAUCCUCUCCGCCACAAUUGCCGGAACACGUGGAGGAGGCAGCGGGAGUAAUCAAUUCCGAAGUUACCGAUGACGGUGUGGCGAAGUGCAACGAAUCGACAGAAGCACCGAAAGAUGAGACGCUCGAGAUUGCCGAUAAACGUGAGGAAAGUAAUGAAAGUAGCGUUGUUCGUAAUGAAGUUUCAAGAGAAAAGCCGGUCCGAUUGGAAGCCACUGCGUCUCCCGUCAAAGGAUCGAGCCCAAGUGGAUCCUUUGCUUCUUCGUUGGACGGUCUCGCCGCGAGACUUCGCGAUUUCGACGAUAAUCAUUCUUUGCCACCUCCUUCUCCACGACCAUCAUCAAGAUUGCCGAGGAGUUCACCUAGUAGUCCAGCACCAUCUAAGAAAGGUAAAAGACCGGCGUCGGCCUCACCAAUCCGAAGAAGACUCUUAUCGAGUCCAUUGCUGAACAGAAGAAUGAGAAAGAGUCGCGGCGAGAGCUCGGACGAGGAAGGGCUCAUCCAAGACGAUUCAUCGACGGCGAGUUAUCGAGACCUAGAAACGUUCCAAAAAGCCCAGUUACGUCAGAAGCUCAAGCAGAGAGGAAUAGGAAUUUCGAGCUCCAAGCCGGAAGCGAUAAGGCGUGAUGCACAAUUGGUGAUGCACAACAAAGCACCCAUGUGGAACGAAUCCAGCCAAGUGUAUCAGCUUGAUUUCGGCGGCAGGGUGACUCAAGAAAGCGCCAAGAAUUUUCAAAUUGAAUUCAGGGGCAGACAGGUGAUGCAAUUCGGAAGAAUAGACGGCAACGCGUACACGUUGGAUUUCCAAUAUCCGUUCAGCGCAUUGCAGGCGUUCGCAGUUGCCCUGGCGAAUGUCACGCAACGACUCAAGUAACUGUCACUCUGCAAGGCGUCUAAAUUAUAUGGUGAAGAAUGAUAAGAAGCUGGGAGAUGCCUGCAUUUGUAGGCGUGCGUUUAACAGUCGAAGAAUCGGAAAGAGAGCUCGACCCUCGAUAAACAGAAAUGAAAGUUGUCAAGAUUUUUGAUCGUCAGGAUCGUCACGCGACGCUUCGUUCGCCAGUCGCGAAAUGUCCGGUGGGAAUGUAUCGGUGGACACUUAUUUGACGAUAACGGCUCACCGAUUCGUGUAACUUUUAACAGCGUGUCGAUCCUACUGCGCUGGAAGGGAUCGCGUAGCCGGAAAUCGGUGACGUUUGCCGGGCAAGUCGAUGUGCAAUGAGCUAAUAUACGCUAAUUCGUGAUGAGUGCAGUUGCGAGCGAUUUGAAUUUGAGUGGAACACAAAGAUUUUGCGGCAGCUAUGUAACGUUUCGUUGAACGCUUCUUCGUCGUACCGUCCAAAACAUUUCGUUUCUCCCAACUUCGAGCGCUCAUUUUGUAUAGUUUAUGCGACACGUUGGAGUCUAGUGGCGCUGUUAAAGGUUCACCUCGUUCAUUUUUGCGGUCCGCCGGGUGUGUAUUCGAAUUUUAUAUACAUAUACUAUAUAUUGACAGACUCGCACGACAGCGGGCGACAGUUUCAUGUUGUUCAAUUAAAUGUUUCUUAACGCGUAUAGUAAAAAAUAACGAUAAUAAUGGUACGAUAACGCUAACGAUAAUAAUAUUAAUAAUGAUAACGAUAAUAAGAGUACACGAUAGUAACGUAACACUUGACGUCCGGCCUGUAAUGUGGUCUUCGCCAUUAAUGAUAACAGGACAGACUAAUCCUAAGGAGAGGGAUCGAAAGGUCAGAGCGAAAGUAUGCACGUGUACAUGUGAAUGUAUGCAGCGAGAUAAACGUCGUCUGUAAUACCUAAUUCUAGUCGCAUGAUCACCGUGGUGCUCACUUCGUCGGUUCCGUAUUGCGAACGCGAUCGAUAUCAGGCCUAUUAGAUACAAAGUGCUGCUAAAUAAGCGAAAAAUACGCCGUGUCGAGCUUUGCGACGAGAAGGGCGCCAGAAAUAAAAAGGGCGUAAUAUCCCACAGACGAUGUGUAGCGCGGAUCGUAUCACUCUCUUUUCCGUAGUUACAGAGAUCAUAGAGAGAGAAAGAGAGAGAGAGAGAAUAACGCGAAAUCAUUGUACGAAUUUGAGAGUUGCGACGGAGACUCAAGGCUCUCUACUUACAAUCUGUUUUUCGGUGUAAAUCCGUAUAAAGCAGAUCGAGACUCUCUUUAGAUGCCUUCAUACUAGAGCUAAUGAUACCCGCGAAUACUUGAAUAGCCAAAUACCUAAAUACUCAAAGUACUCGAGUAUUCGAUUAUCCGCUUACUGUUCGAAAUGUGCAGAUAAUUCUCGAAUAUUCAGAUACCCAUAGUUUGAAUAUUCGAAUAUUAUCCACACGUUUCCGUAUAUUCGGGUAUCCCGGUAUCUCAUUACCGAAUUCUCAGCCCUACUUUACACCGAGUCACGCGUCUCGCAUUCACGCAGCAUUCGUCGCGAUCGUGACGUCCCACCCUCACGAGCGAUAUUAACGACAGCCUUUUGUAGACACCAUUCUCGCCAGGUAUUCGCAAUUAAUCGUCGAAGUACAGAACGGUAGGUCGUACGAUUAAUCCGUUUUUUCUAGUCGCCCUUACUAUUAUUAUAUUCUUAACUCCCUCCCAUUCGUAAGCCGCAGCAAAUAAUCGUAACGUCGAGGGCUACUUUAAAUGUAAAUGCCGCGAAUCGCGAACUCGUGCUGAGACGCGGGUGACUUGAAUUCUAUCGAGUUCGUUGAGAUAUAAGACUAUUAGAAUGAUAAGACUUUCGGAAAUCGUGUGAUUUCCGAUAUUAAAUGGAGCGCCAGAUCGACCGGCACGGGUUCGCGAGUACGUAUUCGUAUAGAACGACAGAACAAAGGAUUUUGUACUCUACAACCGCAGAUUUCUCUUUCAUUCGCGAGCGCGACGUAUAUUCGUCGGCAAAAGCUUCAUCCACAAAUUGGAGUUUUGUAUACGAAUGACGCAACAAGCAUAGAGAUUUUUUUUUCGAAGAAAAAAUGAAGGAGUUAUCGAUUCUGCUUAUCCUUGAUCGGGAAGGACGAGAAGCGAUCUUGCAACUGUGCGGGAAACGUAAGUUAAAACGCGCGCGCGACUGGGAAAUAAUUCCGAAUCAUUUUCGCGCCACACCACAUUUUUCGAUUAGCGCCUCACUCCGAUGUCGAAUAUAUAAUAUCUCGUUUGCGUUGCGCGAGAAUAAUGUUGCAUCCUUAGCCGAGCAAAGCGGACUUUAGUCACGCGAGUAUACGGAAAACAUAACGUCACGUCGAGGCCUCUCCUUCAACAUGCACGAGUAGCAGUUUUAUGCGAAUUAAAGCAAAAAAAAAAAAAAAGAAAUUCGUAUAAAAACACUCGUGUCGCGUAAAUUCGAAGCUCAUCGCGUAAUAGUGGAUUCAGACUGAGCUGACAAGGACACGGACAAUCGCAAAGAAACAUUCGCGAUGAGCGCAAGAAGAACUUUACCUAUGAUGUGCCGAUAAGAGACAGAACAUAGUCGUUGAUAUAAAUUUAGGCUUCUUUGCGAUAUCAUCCAAGUACGUACAUUCCUUCGCGUUCGUUCCUUCUUUAGCCUGGAUUCGUCUUACGAUAAGGAGAACGUUUUUCUAGUCAAAUAAUCGACCGCGCUGUGAUUGUCCGCACGCAUAAAGCGAGACGAGAUAAACGCGUGAUUCCUUUUGUAAAUCCUCAAGGGACUUUAACACAAGCGUAGCAUCAUGCGACGCUUUCAACGCCGGCGAAAUAGAGUGCCUACAUUUGCAUUUGACGCAAAACAGCCUAUUUGACAUUCACUGAUUAACACACGAGUUCCAGCGACGCGAACGAUGAUGUAACGGCCCGUAUCUCCCGCCUAGAUGUCGGAAGACUUUGUCGCCAUUUCCGCGCGUACCCCGCGUUUAAGCCGCGCCACGUUACCCCGAGUUAUAAUAAAAAGAGAAGAGAAAGAGGUUCGGGAUUUGCGCGAAAUAAACCCAAUAUUCCGUUUGUCUCACCCAUACUCCGCGGGGCAGACGCUUCUUAACACGUGACUGAGCUCCAAACUGUUCGGCCUAGCUCCUCCUAGUUAAUCCGGAUAUGUUGAACCCUCUCCUCCUUUCACGCUGGAUGCUUCAUUUCUCUCCUUUAUCGAUGUAGCAUUAAAAAUUUGUGCUUAGAGAAAGAAAGAGGAAGAAACGCUGUCAUGUAAAUUUCUCACGACUGAGUAUAUCUUAAGGAGACGAUUCCACACACUGUGUCCGAUUGGGACGGGUUCUCUCGUACGAACGCGAUACAUAUUGUUAAUUCAGUUCUUGCCUUAGUGCUAACGAUAAUUCUGUAUAUGUGCAAUGUAAUUUUGUUACCGAGUACAUUAUACGAUUAUCGACUAUUUGUAAAUAAAGAAAAAAAUUACCAUGCGUAAA